GUUAGGUCUUAGGCUUAGGUGUGGACUACAAUAAAUAAGUGUGUGAUAACAGCAUUCACUUUGCGAUAGAUCUAUCAAAUCUUUCAAAUCACUGUGAGCAAGCCGAGCGUGUAUGGUUGCUAAAUAAGGUAGUGCGGGUGUUAAAUGCAGGUUGUGUUAGCCUACGCGUGGAAGUGCCGAAGUGAUUGUCCAUAGCCUAGGCCUAGUGCAUGCUAUUCUGGAAAGAAGUUGUAUAUGAAUAUUUUCAAUUUUUCUGUGACGUUAAUUGAAGGUGGUUUUAGUUUUCUUUGCAAUUGUGGAGACCUAAGUUAAAGUUAUUAUUCAGUGUAGUUACUCAGGUAUUCAUAACCUAAACACAAAGGCCUAGGCCUUACGUUUCUUUCUGAAAUAGGUUUGUGGAAAUUUGUAGUUUUGUUUCAAAAUAAGAAGAUUUGUUCACAAGAUAUGCCUUUAGCUGGACUUGCAGAUCCAGUUGAUCCAUGGCAGCGAAUAACUCAAGUGAAAGAAGAGGUCGAGUGGCCGGUGUUUCCAAGUCCAUAUCAGGACUACGGCUAUUCUCUACUGCCAGCACAGAGGAUAUGGUCGUCGACCAAACUAUAGAGGUUACAAGAAUUGCAGAUAACCUUAUUGUUAACCACCAUGAAGAGAUUGUGGCACAACAGCAGGAAGGCAAGAUGAAGGAGAGGCCGGCGGCCACGACGCCGGGCGACAGUGAAGGAGACAACAGUGAGACUGAGAUAGAACUGAAGGAUGUGGUGAAGGAGGGUCAUCCAAGAGCUGAUCCUGGCCAGUUUGAGCUACUGAAAGUGCUCGGGCAAGGCUCCUUCGGCAAGGUGUUCCUAGUCAGAAAGAUAAUAGGUCCCGAUGCUGGUACACUAUAUGCUAUGAAGGUCCUUAAAAAAGCAACAUUAAAAGUGAGAGAUCGGAUGAGAACCAAGAUGGAGAGGAACAUUCUAGUGGAUGUAAGACAUCCGUUCAUUGUCAGACUACAUUACGCCUUCCAGACCGAGGGAAAGCUCUACCUUAUCCUGGACUUCCUCAGAGGAGGAGAUCUGUUCACACGGCUAUCCAAGGAGGUGAUGUUCACAGAGGAGGAUGUCAAGUUCUACCUGGCUGAGCUGGCUCUCGCAGUAGACCACAUCCACUCCCUGGGCAUCAUCUACAGGGACCUCAAGCCUGAAAAUAUCCUGCUGGACGCAGACGGCCACAUCUCCUUGACAGACUUUGGUCUGAGCAAGCUGCCACUGGAUGACCAGCAAGCCUACUCCUUCUGUGGCACUGUGGAGUACAUGGCACCAGAGAUUGUCAACAGGAAGGGUCACUCCUUUGCUGCAGACUGGUGGUCCUUCGGAGUCCUCAUGUUUGAGAUGCUGACAGGAACGCUACCAUUCACAGGAGCCAACCGUAAGGAGACAAUGACUCAGAUACUGAAGGCCAAGUUGGGAAUGCCUCAGUUUCUCUCACAAGAAUCACAGUCACUACUGAGGGUGUUGUUCAAGAGAAACCCUGCCAACAGGCUAGGCGCUGGACCUGAAGGCAUUAAUGAAAUCAAAAGACACCCAUUCUUUGCCACAAUAGACUGGGACAAGCUUCUGCGGAAAGAAAUCCAACCCCCUUUCAAACCAGCUGUUAGCAGGGCGGAUGAUGCAUUUUACUUUGACAGUGAAUUCACAUCAAAGUCUCCCAAAGACUCGCCAGGUAUUCCUCCCAGCGCCAAUGCCCAUGAGCUAUUCCGAGGGUUCAGUUUUGUGGCACCAGGUCUGCUAGACCCUGAGGAACAACUCAACCAAGGAACGAUACAGAACAAGAUACUAGCUGCUGAGACAAGAACAGAACCUGUCAGCAAGGUACACAAGCUGCCGUAUGUCAAAUCCAACUCAGUAUAUGAUGAGUACGACUUGAGAGAAGAAAUAGGAAGAGGCAGCUACUCUGUCUGCAGAUUGUGUAUCCACCGGGCGACCAAAGUGGAGUAUGCAGUCAAGGUCAUAGAUAAGUCAAAAAGAGAUUGCCAAGAAGAAGUUGAUAUACUCUUGCGCUACGGACACCAUAGCAAUAUUGUCACUCUACGAGAUGUGUACGAGGAUGACAAGUCUGUGUACCUGGUGAUGGAGUUGAUGAGAGGGGGAGAGUUGCUGGACAGACUGAGGAGUCACAAGAUGUUCUCAGAGAGAGAGGCUAGUGGAGUGAUGCACACUGUGGUGUCAACUGUAGCCUACCUGCACCAACAUGGGGUGGUUCACAGGGACUUGAAACCAUCCAAUCUGCUGUACGCAACAGAAGUGGCGGCCCCUGAGGACCUGAGGUUGUGUGACUUUGGGUUUGCCAAACAACUGCGGGCUGAGAACGGUCUGCUGAUGACACCCUGCUACACGGCCAACUUUGUGGCUCCUGAGGUGCUCAAGAGACAAGGCUACGACGCAGCUUGUGACAUCUGGUCUCUGGGUGUCAUCUUGUACACCUUGUUGGCUGGGAGAAGUCCAUUCGCCAACGGACCAACCGACACACCUACAGACAUUCUGCGACGGAUCAGUGAGUGUCAGCUAGACUUGACGGGAGGCAACUGGGCGACUGUCAGUGCGGAGGCAAAGGAUCUGGUGAGGCGGAUGUUACACAUCGACCCACACCGACGACCCACCGCAGCUCAGGUACUACUGCAUACGUGGCUCACCAACAGACACCAGCUACCUACACAUAGACUGGUUCUGCAAGAGGCUGCUCAGCUAAAGGGAGCCAUGGCGGCCACCUACAGAGCGAUGAGUCAGUCUCCUCGCGCCCCCAACCUAGGCCCCGUGGUCAUGAGUGAGUUGGCCAGGAGAAGACGCAAGUCUCGCCCCAAGUCCUCCACCGAGGUGUAGUGUUGAGAACUAACCCUUACUGUGUCCUUAUUGUUAUAUCUGAGCCUUGGCGGGGUGUUUUAACUUUGUGAUUACAGAUUUUAUAUCUCGGUACAAUACGCAACCAGCGCUUCUCCAAUUGUUAAGCUGUUUAGCAGUGUUUUAUCUUUUGGAUUCCAGUUCUAUUUUAAUAGUCUAACUACUGUUACGGCUCAUAGCUGUGUUUACCGCUGUAUUAUAUCGUGUUCUUCAUAUCAAUCUUCCCCGCAACUCUUGUUGUGCAUGUGUCAUGUUAGAACAAAGUUACGUUAAGCGUGGUAAUACAUUCUAAACCGUUAGGUUUUGUUAAAUGUGUAAUCUAUUACCAUACUUGAUUAUUUAUUUUAAUUACUGAUGGUUGUCAUUAGAGUGGUAGUAUUCUUGAAUUUACGUUGUUUUAAGAUCUCUAAUGUUGUGUUGUUCUGUAGACCACAUUUUAGUGGUCUAUCUGUGCUUACAAGCAGCUUCGAGUUGUACAUUAUUACUCUACUUAAGCGUUAUUGUUAUAUAAAAGAGAUUUUAUUAUAGUGAUUAAAAAUGUCUCUACGUAGAUGUUUGUUAGAAUACAGUAUGAUUGUGUUGUCAUUUUAGCAGGUUUGAAUGGGUUUCAAUCACUUUUUAUUUGAAUUGAAUUAAAUAUAAAUAAAUUCUUACAUAAUUUGAUUUUCAAAAGGAAUUUGCGUGUACCCAAGCAAUCUUAAAAUGUUCUAUCUUCAUGAAUUAUCUUACAAAUUUGGUAUUGAAAAAACCUUUAAGUUUGAGCAUGAUAUUUCUUUAAUCUCCAGUGGGUUGAUUGAAAAUUGGAAUAAGAGCCAUUCAAUACAAGUGUUGAGCUGUUAUCUCAUGAUAGUUUAGAAUUGUAAGUUAUACUUUUUUGUUUUUGGUCUACAUAUUUUUUUAACACUUUUUUGGUCAAAGACAAAGUUUUUUAUGCAUGUCAAUCCCCUUUAGAAUGGCUUAAAGAAAAGUUCUAGUAUAUCAUUAUACAAAUUGAAUAUCAAUUCUAUUAAGUUAUUGGUUAUUGUUAUAUAGUCACAGUUUAAUGCCAAUUUGCCUGUGCCAAAACAAUGCUCUUGCAUUAUAGAUUCUCUAAAUAAGAUCUAUAUGGGUUUUAAACCUAUGUUAGAACCAUGUUUCCUAAUCAUAUUAGGUAACAUAAACUACAGGUUUCCGAUGUAUUAUUUUAAUUAUUGUUGUUUUUAUAGAUUUUACAGUCACUAAAAUUGCAGUAUUAUUUCCUUUUGUUGUUCCCAUUUAUAUGUUAACAUGUAUACUACAUCUGAGCACGUUUUAUGCAUAUUGCAAACAAAAAUAUCUUUGCUUAAGAGUCUUUUUGUUUUGAAAACUAUCUUGAAUUAUUUUCAAACAAUAGUUAUUUCUAUAGCUAGUGUGCAAAGUGGCACUUUGCGCUCCACUUAUACAUUAUAUUUUUCCUACAGUUACUAUUAAGUUCCCAUGGUCACCUUAUUAUACAUAAUUACCAAUGUUUUCUUUACCUUACAACAACAAAGGUGCAGGGGAUACUAACUACAUUUUUGUAAAAUACAAUUUUUUUUGACUAUUUUACUACUGUAAUAACAAAACUAUUGAUUGCAACUUUUUAAACUAGAGUCAGUUAAAAUUUUAAAAUUAAAGUUUUGAGAAGAGAUUGGACUCUUUAAGUUAUUUGAAAUGUUACAUAUACAAAUAAGUUUUAAUUUUUUCACUCCUGUUGAGUUUUUACUUUUAACCAAUACAGUUAGUUUUUACUCCUAUGUUAUUGUUAUUUUUAAUACAGUACUAUCAUAUAAUUUAAAUACAAAGGCUAUUAUAACAGUAAUCGCCUCAAGCGAAGCGCACACAAGUUACCAUUCCAUCACUGAGUUUUAUGUCAAUUUUCUAGUUAGUAUUUAGAUGUAGUUUAUUUAUUAUGUACAGUAUUCCACCAUUAUUAUUACCACCCAGGGCCUAAUAACAUAAGUCGUGGAAACGUUAUGUGUGCGUUAGAUUUAGAAUCAUUUCAUUAGCAAGUGUAUAUCUGUUCAAUAGCCCUAUUGUUAUACUGUAUUUUGAAGCUUUUUGUCUGUAAGAUGUAUAGUAUUUUAUAUGUAUAAUAAUGUGCAAUUGUUGGCAAGCAUAAUUUUAUAUUGUCUAAGUAUAUUCCUUAUAGCUGUCUAUAUCCUGUUGAAUUGUUCAAUAACUAUUUUAUUGUGAUAAACGAUUUGAAAAGAUGAUACAAUCAACAAAUAAUUAAAAUAAAUGAUAUUUUUUA